UGAACAUCAGUGGAAGGCUUCAGAUUAGGCAUCUGGAGAGAGUAAAAGACCAUAUGGAUGCUAAGAAAGCAAAGAUUGCUGAGAAAAACAAUCUUCGUAAUUUGAGAUUGUCGUGGGAAAGAAAUGCUUUAUCCAAGCUAGUCGAGGAAGUUGAUGAAAGGGUGUUGGAAGCACUUGAACCUCACCCCAAUCUUGAACGUCUUUAUAUACAAGGCUUCAGUGGUAGAUAUCUUCCACGUUGGAUGGAAAACUCAACGCAGAGAAAAAUAGUUGAGAUUAAUAUAACUGAUUGUGAAAAUAUUAGGCGUUUUCCAAAACUGGGAGAGUUGCCCCAUCUUGAGAAUCUGUUUUUAACGAAUAUGGGGGUGGAGUAUAUUAUUGAAGAAGAAGAAGUUGGGAGUGGGCACCCAGUACCGAUACAGUUCGUGGCUCUGAAACAACUGUUUUUAACUGAUCUCCCAAAUCUUAAGGGACUAUCAAAAGAGCAACAGAGUUGUAAAGAAGUAUUCCCAAAUCUGGAAUGCCUAAGUAUCAAGCGUUGCUCUUCAUUUGUAUUGCCAUCAAUCUCGUCCCUUGAAAAGUUGAAGUAUCUAGGAUGUAGAAGCUCAGACUUGGCUUUAUUAUCUGAGCACGACAUUCCUAGUAAGCUGUCAAUUGAGGUUGAAGAGAACCUGACUUGUUUCCCAAUAGAAGCGCUGAAAAAGUUUAGUAAGUUGCGGUCACUGACAAUUAAUAAUGCAAAAGAGAUCUCUUGGACAAGAGAAGGUCUGGAAUCCUUAAAAGAGCUUACAUGUUUAUGGCUAGAGAGUUGUCGGACAAUGAGAUGUUUACCAGAAGGGAUGUUGCGGCACCUUACUGCUUUGGAGUACCUCACCAUAUGGAAGUGCCCAGAAUUACUAGAGUUGCCAGAGGAUAUUAAAUACCUCCAUAAUCUUCAGUACCUCCUGUUACAGUAUCUUCCCAAGAUAACGCGCUUGCCUCAAGCCUUUCAGCACCUCACUAAUCUACAACUAGAUGAUCUUCCUGAAUCACUCCCAGAUCAGCUACCAUCUCUCUAUGGACUCGCUGUUAUGAACUGCCCAAAGGUUGUAUCGAUUCCAGCUCUGCCAAAUCUGAAACACCUAACAGUCCGUUGUUGCCCACAACUGGAAAGGCGAUGUCAGAGAGGAAGUGGAGAGGAUUGGCACAAGAUUGCCCACGUUCGCAGCAUUUAUAUUUCUCCAAAUUAACUCAGCUAUUUUUUGUUGAUUUUAUGUAAAAAAAAUCGAGCUUAACUAUGAUUUCAGUAAUUUGUGUCAUUCUUCAAGAUUAAGAAGAUGUACCAAAAAUAGCAUUGGAGAAAGAUUACAAAGAUGUGUUGGAGGAACUUUGAAAAGUUGGCAUUGUGGCAGGGGGCGAAGUAGUACAUCUUUGAGUGUGCAUUGUCAAAUGCAAGUGUCUUAGAAUAUGUGGCUGAAUUCCUGUUUUGCUUAACUUUUCUAAAUAUAUUUUGGCAAGAUUUUUUUUGUGUUCUCGUAGUUAGAGAUUUGCCGUUAUUCUGUUGAGUUAUCUUCUAUUAGAUCUUGUUUUCUACUUAUAUAUUUCGUUACUAUCA